UUAUUUAUUGUGAACCGCUAUUUGUUGUAGCUGGCCGAAAUGUUUAGAACGUUUUCGAUUCUCUCGUCGAUCGGCAAGACCGGUGGCGCUGUUAUAUCAUCGCUCCCACGCCAGCGACACUUUCCGUUCCUUCGAAACAUCCAACAUCCAUCUGCUGCCGGUUGCCUGGUGAAAUAUUGCUCCACAAAAUCUGUACCGGCUAACGUAGACCAACCUACGGCUUCGAAGAAUGACGAUAACUCUAUUACCAACUGGAACACAAUCUACCACUUUCCGUCGAUAAUGAUCACGGCUUCGGUUAAGAGGCUGAAAUUCUACCCUAUGAUACUGACCGCCGUGACUGUACCACUGUCCCUGGGCAUGGCAUACAUGAACAUCUGGUCGAUGACGACGGCUGAAAUCGUUGGAGCUGUCGGACUCACCACAACGAUGACUCUUUCACUGUUUGGCUUAUUGACUAAUAAUCUCGUUGGAUUUGUGUAUUGCAACGAUCAGCUCACCCAAGUGAAGAUCUCGUUUCUGGACCAAAAGGGUAAACGACAGAAUCGCAUUUAUUCGGUCGACGAUCUUGUUGCACGGUCCGAGCUACCCCGAUCGUUUGUUAAGCUUUACUUUCCAGUAAAGAAUCAUGAAAACAAUGACGUCUACAAGCUGGUGCACCGAUAUGGAGAAAUUUACGAUGUACAGACGUUUAACAAAGUGUUUGGUAAUGAAGUUCUGCCGAAAUAA